UUCACCCAGCACUGCCUAGCUGAGCACCAAGCCUACUGGUUUCUGGAUAUUUCAUGUGAGAAAAGGACAAACCUCGAACCCCCUUUCCUCUUAUCGUUCAGUCUGAGACAGUUUUUUGAACCUUUUACCUCAUCUUUCCCCCCCACCAUCGGAUAAUGUGGACCUUCAAAGCGCUCGGAGUAUGACAAAAGAUUUUGGGAUGCUGGACUUGUGCUCCUCGUUUUGUUUUGUUUAGUUAAAUGCCAACACGGUGAAUGCGUCGGACAGAGUGGACAAGCCUGCUGCUAGAGGUCCGCAUUGAGAAAGUCAACAUCUUGCCUUUCUUUAUUUGAUUUUUUCCCCCGGAGCGACUUCAGAAGGAUGUAACGACCGAUCCACCUUGCGCAUCUGAAGUGUCCUCAUCAAAAUGCAGAAGGGAAUACGACUUAAUGAUGGUCAUGUCACCUACCUGGGGCUUUUGGCAAAGAAGGAUGGUACAAGACGAGGGUGCUUGAGCAAAAAGAGCUCAGACAACACGAAAUGGCACACAAAGUGGUUCGCUUUGUUACAGAAUAUGCUCUUUUAUUUUGAGAACGAGUCCAGUUCUCGACCCUCGGGAUUAUACCUGUUGGAGGGAUGCACAUGCGACAGGGCGCCUUCACCUAAACCUUCGCUGUCAGCCAAGGAGUGUUUGGAAAAGCAGUACUAUUUCACAGUCAGCUUCAACCACGAAAACCAAAAGGCCCUUGAGUUGCGCACGGAGGAUGUAAAGGACUGCGAUGAAUGGGUGGCUGCCAUAUCACAUGCCAGUUACAGAAACUUGGCUACAGAGCAUGAGACGCUCAUGCAGAAGUAUCUUCAUCUGCUUCAGAUUGUGGAGACGGAGAAAACAGUUGCUAAGCAACUUCGACAACAGAUAGAGGAUGGGGAAAUAGAGAUUGAAAGGCUCAAGUCAGAGAUUGCUGGGCUGCUCAAAGACAACGAGAAGAUCCAUGCCAGCCCUGCAGCCGCUCCAACCGACGAUGACUCUGAAAUUAAGAAGAUCAAAAAGGUCCAGAGCUUUCUGCGAGGCUGGAUUUGCAGGAGGAAGUGGAAAACCAUCAUCCAGGAUUAUAUCCGCUCGCCUCAUGCAGAGAGCAUGAGGAAGAGGAACCAGGUGGUGUUCAGCAUGUUGGACUCGGAGGCAGAGUACGUCCAGCAGCUUCAUAUUCUGGUGAACAACUUCUUGAGGCCGCUGCGCAUGGCCGCCAGCUCUAAGAAGCCUCCCAUCACCCACGAUGAUGUCAGCAGCAUAUUCCUCAACAGUGAAACCAUCAUGUUUCUGCAUCAGAUCUUUUACCAGGGCCUGAAAGCCCGAAUAGCAAGCUGGCCAACAUUAGUCCUUGCUGACCUGUUCGACAUCUUGCUGCCCAUGCUGAACAUCUACCAGGAGUUUGUGAGGAACCACCAGUACAGCCUGCAGAUCCUGGCACAUUGCAAGCAGAACCGAGACUUUGAUAAAUUGCUGAAGCAGUAUGAGGCCAAGCCCGACUGUGAGGAAAGGACCCUGGAGACCUUCCUUACCUACCCUAUGUUCCAGAUUCCUCGCUACAUCCUUACUCUCCAUGAGCUGCUGGCCCACACACCCCAUGAACAUGUAGAGAGAAAUAGUCUGGACUAUGCCAAAUCUAAGCUGGAGGAGCUUUCCAGAAUAAUGCAUGAUGAAGUGAGCGAGACCGAGAACAUCAGGAAAAACUUGGCAAUAGAGCGCAUGAUUGUAGAGGGCUGCGAGAUUCUCCUUGACACCAGCCAGACGUUUGUAAGACAAGGGUCCCUCAUCCAGGUGCCAAUGAGCGAGAAGGGCAAGAUCACCCGUGGGCGACUGGGUUCUCUGUCUCUAAAGAAAGAAGGGGAGAGGCAGUGCUUUCUCUUCUCCAAGCAUUUAAUCAUCUGCACCAGGGGGUCUGGGGGAAAGCUUCAUCUCACCAAGAACGGAGUAGUUUCGCUUAUAGACUGCACUCUUGUGGAAGAUCCUGAGGGGACAGAUGAUGAGUCUAAAUCAGACAAGAGUGGUCAGGACAUGGAGCACCUGGACUUCAAGAUUGUUGUGGAGCCAAAGGACAGCCAGUCAUUCACAGUCAUCCUGGUAGCCUCCUCAAGGCAGGAGAAGUCUGCAUGGACUAGUGACAUCAGCCAGUGCAUAGACAACAUCCGCUGCAAUGGCCUGAUGAUGAACGCCUUUGAAGACAACUCCAAAGUCACAGUGCCGCAGAUGAUCAAGUCAGAUUCAAGUCUGUACUGUGAUGACGUGGACAUCCGUUUCAGUAAGAUUAUGGGAACCUGUGAGGUCGCCAGGAGGCUGGCAGGGAUUGAAAAGAGACUUCUGGUUGCAGGGCUGACUUGGUUUGCAUAAAUUAUUUCAGAGGUUCUGUUUGUUUUGCUAAGCUCUUAAAAUAUUGAGUAUACUUAACCAAAUAAAUACAUACGUGCCCUAACGUCUAAUGUUUAUAUCCUCCCCUGAUGCAGGUCACUGGAGUUAUUCUUUGCCAGCAGUCAAAAUAAUAAACUUCUUUAUGGCGAGCCACCCAGCUCCCCCAGGGCUAGCAGAAAGUUCUCCUCCCCUCCUCCUCUCGCUAUUGCCAAGAACUCAUCCCCCAACCGCCGUCGCAAGCUCUCUCUCAAUAUCCCCAUCAUCACUGGGGGCAAAGCUCUUGACCUGGCUGCCCUUAGCUGCUCCUCAAAUGGCUAUGCAAGCAUGUAUUCCUCCAUGUCUCCAUUCAGCAAGACCACCUUGGACAUCAACAAACUGUAUGUGUCCAGCCCGAUCGCGAGCAAAAUCUCUGAUGAGGGAGAAGACAAGAAGGAAAAGGUGGACGACCCCUCGGCAUGCAAACAAGAUCUCUCUGUACGAGAAGAAAGUGAUAAUGAUCAAAACCAGAGCGAUGACGGGGAUCCAGAAGCUUCUCCUACCAAAUCUCCAACUACACCAAAAAAUAUCAAAUGCAAAAACUCCUCAGAGUUUUCCCUGUUUUCCUACAACAACGGCAUGGUGAUGUCAUCAUGUCGAGAGCUGGACAACAACCGCAGUGCUCUAUCUGCUGCCUCCGCCUUUGCUAUUGCUACUGCUGGAGCCAAUGAGGGUACCCCUACCAAGGAAAAAUAUAGACGGAUGUCCCUUGCCAGUACAGGUUUUCCAACAGAUCAGAGAAAUGGAGACAAAGAGUUUGUGAUCAGACGAGCGGCAACCAACAGAGUCCUGAAUGUGCUUCGGCACUGGGUGUCCAAACACUCUCCGGACUUUGAGAGCAACAAUGAGCUGAAAACGAAGGUUAUUGCCUUCUUGGAGGAAGUGAUGCAUGACCCUGAGCUGUUGACCCAGGAGAGGAAAGCGGCAGCCAACAUCAUCAGGACUAUAACUCAGGAAGAUCACGGUGACAAUCAGAUCGCGAUAGAAGACGUGACACAACUGGUGGGAGGGGGGAAAGCUGAGACCUUCGAGAAUCACUCAGCAAUGGAAAUUGCAGAGCAGCUCACUCUGUUGGACCACCUGGUGUUCAAGGUCAUUCCAUACGAGGAAUUCUUUGGCCAAGGCUGGAUGAAGAAUGACAAAAAUGAGAAGACGCCGUAUAUCAUGAGGACAACGAAGCACUUCAAUGACAUGAGCAACCUUAUUGCCACGGAGAUCCUCCGCUGUGAUGAUGUUGUAACCCGGGUAGCAGUCAUCGAAAAAUGGGUGGCUGUGGCCGAUAUCUGCCGUUGUCUACAUAACUACAACGCUGUUCUCGAGAUCACCUCAUCACUGAACCGCAGCUCUGUUUUCCGCCUCAAGAAAACUUGGCUCAAAGUUUCCAAGCAGACUAAAGCACUGAUUGACAAACUGCAGAAGCUGGUCUCAUCAGAGGGGAGGUUCAAAAACCUCAGAGAGGCUUUGAAGAAUUGCGAUCCUCCCUGUGUGCCCUAUCUGGGGAUGUACCUCACUGACCUGGCUUUCAUUGAGGAGGGAACGCCGAACUACACCGAGGACAACUUGGUCAACUUCUCAAAGAUGAGGAUGAUUUCUCACAUCAUCAGAGAAAUCAGACAGUUUCAACAAACAGCAUAUAAGAUUGACUUGCAACCAAAGGUAGCCCAGUAUCUGCUGGACAAAAGCUCUGUUCUGGAUGAAGAAAGCAUGUAUGAAGCCUCACUCAGAAUUGAGCCUAAAGUGCCCAACUGAUGGGGAAGGUGGCCCUCCAUAUUAUUUUCUUUGUUAAUAUUACACAUCAGUUAACAUGCACAUCAACAUUUGUAUAGCUGUACAUGCUUAAGAUCUUGCUCCUCUGUACAGUAGAUGUUUAAGGUUGUUUGACAACAUAAAACAUUUUAGUGUAUAUUUUUCCGUGUAUGAUUUUUGUUGUUGCCAUUUCCACAAUGACACCUGCUUGAAGGAUUUUUUUUUUUUUAAAUUUCUAUGAGUAUUUCAAGAACAAUAAUAGAGGUCACUUUAGCUGCAUGCAACCGUGUCUUCUACUGUGACCAAUGACAUUAUUUUGCAUCAUGCCAUACUGUGUCAAAUUUGCACUUCGAGCACUCGUGUUGCUGGCUGUUGUUCUCUUGGCUUGAGUUUUAUUGAUGACUGAAGUUCUCUGCAACCAAUGUAGCAUUGUAAAAAAAAAAUCUAAAACAAAAAAAUACUGCAUAAAAUCAGGUAAAAGAGCACAGAGAAUAUAAUUAAAGAUAGAGAACAGUGAUCAGUGCAACUGACAGCAAGGUAUCCAAAGCAAGUGUCUCUGUGCUUCCCGAACCAAAACAAGAAGGAUUUGUUUCUUCAUUUCUGCUCACUAUUCUAAAGACAGGGGUUCCCAACUGUGCUUACCACACUGAAUGUUUUCCUACAGUGUACCUGUGGAGCAGUCCAGUAUGUCCAACCAGAUAUGAAAGUGAAUAAAAGGUAAAGGUUCUUGUUGAAGUUAUUUGCUGAAUGAGAAAAAUAAAUACAGUCCACAGGAAGGUCAACUCUGUGAACUAAAUGCUAAAAUUUGCAUGCUAUAUUUGCGAAGUUAACUGAACAACAAGCUCACCACUGUAGCUUAGCUUGUUAGCAUGCUCACAUUUUCUAAUUAGCACUAAACGUAUAUUGAAAGCUUACAGGAAUGUUAUUGGUUUUGCAAAAAUCAGUCAAGUAUUCACCAAAAAUUGUAAAUAUUGGUCUAAAAGUUGGAAAGUUAAUGGACCAGUUUAUCCUCUGUUGUUGUUGAGACAUUUUAUUAACAUCCACUGAUGUAAAUCACUAAUGUGAGAUAAGCUUUACCCUGUCGACAUCAUCGAAAUCAGAAGCAAAUGUGCUGAGAUGUGCCAAAAUAUUUCAGGCUGAGCUGCGAAAAAUCGCACUCUUGUUGCUAGAACCAUCAGCUCAGUCUACAUAUUUAUACUGAUACAUAUAGCUGAUACAUAUAGACCAAAUGUGACAAACGGGACAUGAUGUGCAGACACAAUCUGUACACAUUUAAUUAUCUGUAGAGUUUUUUUCUUCUUCUUCUUUCUGUCAAGUAGUAAAUGUUCUAAAGCUGGUAAUGAUAAACAAUCCAUAGGUUGGGAACCUCUUCUUUAAGUUAAGUUUAGCUAUAGGAUAAUACACUUUCUCAGUUGGCACACGAGGUGCCUAAAGUCUGCUGAGUUCACUUAUAAGCUGUGUAACAACAUAGAGUGUUAAAGAAGUGAGGUUUGUGAGGUUUAAGGUGACGGAUUUGUCACCUGCAUUUUUGUUGCGCUUAAAGUACACGAGUACAGUUCGACGAGUUCCCCCCUUUAUGCUUGAACUUUUUGGUCUUGACUUGUUAAAUUGAAACUCAUGGGAAAAAAAAUCACACGCAGUGGUUAAGUGUUGUACCUUCAGGUUCGGGUUCUACUUCUGUAGAGUAAAAGUUUGUUGCUCUUCUGUAAUCAAAAGACAAUCUGUCCUUUUUGCUGUUCCAGUGAUUGUGGAACAUGACUGUAUAUCACUCUGUUAUAUGCAUUGCUGUUAAAACCUAUGAUAAAAAUGUAUGUGAAUGACCUCUGCCUGCAGCAUUCAAACACUAUUUUUGUAGUAGUAUAAGAGAGAGUGACCUGCUCUUUAUAUGAACAUGGGAAAGUAUUUUGUACUUUGUUGUUAAUUCACUUCACUGAGAUGCGCUGUACAUUUUGUACAUGCAACCUGGCAUAUUUCUCAAUGUGGAACAGUGUAAUCCUCUCAAAAACAACUUAUAUCACAAGCUUAACACAAAACGCUACAACAGUGUGGUCUUGAAACCAUAACUUAGAGGUAGGAGAGCAAUUCAAAGUGUUUUGCAUUUAUACUGUAAUCCUGUCUAUAACCAUUUCUGUUAGCAGGAAUAUAGUAACGUAGUGCUUAUUCUGUGAAUAUUUGUAUGUAUUUUUACUAUGUAUGUACAGUACACUUUUGAAGCUAAUGUGGUAGGCAUGCAACACCUUCACAGACAGAAUAAUACUAUAUACUUAUACUGUAUACACUUAUAAAUGCACAUACUCUUAUAAGGUAUAUAAACAAAUAAACAUUUUGCUGUAAGCAAUACCCAAUGGUAUGAAAAUUAUCUUUCAACCCUCAUGUUUCCACAGCUUAAGAAAUAUUCCCAGUUUUGUAAGGAAAAAAAAAGAUUAAAAGAAGAUGAAGAACAUAACAACAAAUAAACAAAAAUAUGUUUCCCAGUUACCUCUUGAUAAUAAAUUCAUUUUAUCUCAGGGGCAUUUUGUCUCAAGUGUUUUUGUAGAUCUUGUAUCAGUUGACAUGCUCAUCUAAUAUGAUGAAA